CGCCUGCUCGCCCGCUCGUGCGGAGCUCCCCAGCCUCCCGACGAGAGCGCCGCCCGCCCCGCCCCGCUGUGCGCGCCGCGGCUGGACUCGGAUUCGCGAGCGGGACUUCGCGCGACGAGUAGGUCGCCGACCGCGGCAGUGGCGCCUGCGUCCUCGGCUACCCCGGGCCAUGGGCGCCACCCCCGCGCCGCUCGGAGCGGGCCCGCGCACCAGCGCCCCCACCGCGCCCGCCGGGAGAAGGCCGACGGCGACGUGCACGACCCGGCCGUCCGGAGGCCCUGGCGCGCGACGGGCACCCGCGUAGCGCCGAGGACCUAACUCACGCCUUGCGGACUAACCAGCACCAUGCAGGGCAUGCUGAAGAGGACGUGCUACUACAACCCCGCCGUGGAGGGCGCGGUGGGGCGGAAGGACUCGCUCCGGCCGCUGGCCAGCGAGGUGUCCACGUCGAGGGACUCGGGCUGCCCGGCGGACGAGCCCCUCAUCAGCACGUGCACCUCGCCCGCGCACUACGGGGCCUCCGCGCCGGCGCGCAAGCUCGCCUACCCGUUCCACCUCGUGCUGCGCCUCAGGGUGCUGCAGAUUGUAUGCGGGUUGACCGCGAUGGUGAUGGGGGCGGUGGGGGUCAUCGAGGAGCACGGCGAGCUCAACCUGGGCCUCGGCAUACCGGCGGGCGGAGCCACAGUGCUUGGUGUUGUAGCGGCGAGCGUGCACACCUCCCGGGGCUUCUCGGGGUACCGCGCGCCCGCACCCGGCUGCGGCACCUCCCGCUACGCGGCGUGGCGCGGCGGCGCGUGGCGGAGCGCCGUGCCCGUGCUGCUGCUGUGGCUGCUGGCCGUGGGGCUGCACGCCACCCUCCUGGGCCGCUCCGUCAUCGCCCUGGCCGAGCCCUACCACCCGCAAUACCCACCCAACUCGUGGGUGCCGCCGUCGGCGGGCUCCAAGCCGACGCCGACGCGGACGGUGAUCGCGUCGCUGCAGAUGAUCCUGGCCGCCUCGACGCUCGUCGCCGUGGCCCUGGUGCUGCACGUGGACUGCCGCCACGACCCCGGCGCGGGCGACGGCCCCGGCGGCAUGGGGUCCGGGUCCGGGGUGGGCGGCGCGUCGUCCACCGCUAUGUCCAUGGUGGCCGUGGCCUCCACGUCGUCCGAGAGGGGCUCCCGGGUCUGACAGUCGGCCGGCGGGGGCGGCGCGUCCGUCAGCCUGCUGGCGCCGCCACCCGCCUCCGCCUGCGCCUCCCUGUCCGGCUCACCCAGCGCGUCGCCCGGCGCCUCGCCCGGACCCGCCCGCCGCGCGGAUGUCGCCCACUUGUGAGACCGACGGGCCGAGACGACGGAGGUGCUGCUGGUUUUUCAGACGCGCGGGCUGGACGCCUGUGUCCCGGUUUCCUUCUCCUUCGAAUGUCACGGACACCCGGAUUUAUACAAUGAUUUGAACAAUCGACGUGUUAUUGAAUGGUUUAUCAACAAAGUGAUGCUGAUAUUCUACUAGUUAAUAUACAGACUUCCUGUUAUUAUAACGUUUUGUGGUGUAACACGUAAAUACAUACUGUGAUCGUAAAAUGUUUUAGUUAAGUUUGGGUCUAAGUGGGUUAAAAAUAAUAGGGCAUCGUGUAACUAAUUUUGAAUGUGCAGAAAGAUAAUCGGUAGUGAGAUAUCGGUUUCUGUUGGAAUAUUUUCUCUCCUAACUCCGUCCCACAUUAAAUUUUAUACUCAUUAAUUUGCGAAUAAAAUCUUUAUAGGAAAAGAGUUGUAUCUUCUAUCAAUGUUGAAAUUUAAGUUGAUCUAUGGCUCAACCGAGUUCGACUUGGGUACAGGCUUACAUUUUAUUUUAAAAAAUACUCUUCUAAUUAUUGGGAAAAGAAUCAUCAUCGACAAAGGCUUGGAUUAACGUAUUUUGGGCUGUUUAUGACUUCAGUGUGUCAGUGUGAUUGCUAUAACUCUGAUUUUGAUAAAAUAUUUCAGAUUUCAAUGAGUGUAGCUCGUCAUAUUUUUUUGCUUUAUUUUUAUUGUUGUUUUAGCUACGAAGAUACCGGCGUGUUAAAACUGCUAAAUAAAAUGUAUUUUAUCGUAUACGAUCUAUUGUUGGCUUUGAUUUCUCAUGUGUCAAAAGUUAUCACACGUGUUCGGAAUAUGGGACCUAAGUAACAUAUUUUCUGUAACUAAAAAGCGUUCCCUCCCCUGCUCUCUUGUCAACAGAUGACUUUAACUUUAUGUAUCGCCAACGUUUUGAUUGUGUUUUUAAUAAAAACAAAGAAAUGGAACUUGA